CAAUCUCCUCACACAGUCCGUCGAGGAACUCGAUGUUGUCCAAUCUGCGCGCCGGCCUGGCCAGCGUUUUCUGCUCAUCACAUACCCAAAGCACAAUUUAUUCCUCCAGGCGAACAAGCUCGAUGGCAAAUUGCAUGAAAACGAGCACGCAAAAUGCAUCUCGCCUCCAUUAUCGCUCCAUACAUACCAGACACGGCUGAGUCCAUCUGCACGCAACUGCGCGUAGAAGAGUCAUUUCCCAUCCCCUACCGUUGGAGUGCUGAUUCCAUCAAACCUGGUCGUGAUAUUGGAAACGCAAAACUGGGCGCAAAACAUUUGGAAGCGAAGAGGUAGAGAAAGUGAAAAAGUGGA